AUGGAGUCGACGGCGGCGGCGUCCGAGUACGACGCGCACGGCGGCUACUACGGCCGUGACAGUAAGCCCUGCGCGGACAUCUUCGUCGUCGACGACCUCCUCGCGCUGCCGUGCGACGACGACGACGACGACCAAGGGGAGGCCGCCCAGGCGCCGGCGUUCCAGCUCGGCGCCGCCGCCGUAACCGUCAAGAAGGAGGAGGUUGGGUUCGGGAACGUGUCCGCCGACUCCUCCACCGUCACCGCCCUCGACAGCUGCAGCAACUCCUUCUCCGGCCUCGCCGACGGCGACUUCUCCGGCGGCCUCUGCGAGCCGUACGAUCAGCUGGCGGAGCUGGAAUGGCUGUCCAACUACAUGGGCGAGGGCGAGGAGAGCUUCGCCACCGAGGACCUCCAGAAGCUGCAGCUCAUCUCCGGCAUCCCCUCGGGCGGCUUCUCCUCAUCGGCCAAGUACGGGCAGCCAGCUGCUCCUCCAACGGCCGCCUCCGCCUCCGCCGCGGCGGCGCAGCCCGGCAUGUUCCUGCCGGAGGGCCCCGUGCCCGCCAAGGCCCGCAGCAAGCGGUCCCGCGUCGCGCCAGGCAACUGGUCGUCCCGCCUGCUCGUCCUCCCGCCACCCCCGGCCUCGCCGCCGUCCCCGGCGUCCAUGGCCAUCUCGCCCGCGGAGUCCGGCGUGUCCGACCACGCGUUCCACGUCAAGCGGCCGUCGAAGCCAGCCAAGAAGAAGGAGUCCGUGGCGCCGCCGCCAUCGCACGCCCAGCCCGCGACCGCGCCAGCGCCGCCCUCGGGCGUGGCGGCGGCGGCCAACGAGGGGCGGCGGUGCGUGCACUGCGAGACGGACAAGACCCCGCAGUGGAGGACCGGGCCCAUGGGCCCCAAGACGCUGUGCAACGCGUGCGGGGUGCGGUACAAGUCCGGGCGGCUGGUGCCGGAGUACCGGCCGGCGGCCAGCCCCACCUUCUCCAACGCCAGGCACUCCAACUCCCACCGCAAGGUGCUGGAGCUGCGCCGCCAGCGGGAGAUGCACCCGCACCACCACCACCACCACCAGCACCACUUCAACGCUGCAGGCGGUGGCCCAGCGGGCGUCGGAGGAGGACUGAUGCACAUGCAGAGCUCGCUGCUCUUCGACGGGCCGUCCGCGCCGCCCCUCGUCGGCGGGGGCGACGACUUCCUCAUCCACCACCACCACCACCUAGGGUCGGACUACCGGCAGCAGCUCAUGUAGACGUGUCGAUCGCGUGCUAGAACUGAUCGAUUAGCGCAGGCCAGGAAUAAUUAAGAAGCAGCUAAAACCCCAGGAACCAGAAAAAUCGGAAGAACUGCAUGCAGAAUUUUUUUUUUCUUAGGAGUUACUUUUCCCAACCUUUUUCUUUCUCUCCCGUUUGCUUAGACUGUAUGCUUUUUUGUUUGUUCAGCUCGAAAUUUUCGUGUCAGCUUUGUUUAUGCUCCUCUCCUGUUUCGCCCGUUUGUUAGUUUUCUCCUAAUUAGUACCCCUCAGAAACUAAUUCUAGU